AUGACAAACUAUUUAUGUGAAGAAGGAACUGUAUGUAAUAAUUAUCAGUCAGCUAUAUGUUUACAUUGCAAUCGUCGAUUAUGUAUAUUACAUAUUGCACAACAUAAUCAAGUUAAUUCUGAUAAUAUUCGAAAUCUUUCACAUGAAAUUGUAUUGGUUACUGGACAUAUUAAUAAUGAAUAUGAAAAAACCAGAGAUAUAUAUCAAACUGUCUUAGUGGAUCUUGCUGAAUGGCGAGCAAAACAAGUAGAAAAUAUUACACAAGCCUAUAAUAAUUAUUUACAACAUGUUGAAUCGCAACAGGAAGCGUUAAAUACACUUCAUUAUGAGUUAAUUAAAAAGCUUGAUGAUGACGCUCGGAAACCAUUAGAAGUUAUCCAAGCUCAACAAACUACUGGUGCUACCGUACUUACUCAUAUUGAACAAACAAUACAGAAAAUACGAGAUCAGGCUGCACAAUUACACUGGAACGUCUUAACUUUGCCAUCGGUUGAUGUACGAUGUAACUUGACAGAUACUUCGUCAACAUCUUCAAAGGAUAUAACAUUAUCGAAACAUAUGUCAACUAUUAUGAAACAUAUUCCGAUUGAUAUUGAUAAUUAUAUUGCUUUAGUAGGUAUACAUGCAUUCUUUUAUAAUCAUACAAUUUCUGAAAAUAAAAGACAAUUAAUGACAUUUUUAUUACAUUUUUUUGUUGAUCAUCAAUGUAUUAGUGUACAUCAAAUAUCUCACUGGUAUUAUAAUAAAGAUAUCAAUGCUUAUACAGGUUUCGAUGGUGCAAAACAAAUGACUGCACCAUUUAUUAACUCACUUUGGACAGAUGAAUCCAAUUCUAAUGUAAAAAAAUCAAAUCCAAUGAAUUCUACUGAAGUGAAGCAUGAAAAAAUGUUCUGUAUAGAUGAAACAGAAUGA